AUGGCCUCGAUCGCGGCAUCACUGGCCUCGGCCCUCCCGAAACCCAAGUACACUGGCGAAGAUGAGGAAGCUCCUUCACGCGCUCUACAACGCGGCCCGCGUAUCGUCGGAGCCGGCCAACUGGACGAGACGCAAAUCGUGCUGAAGCGAUCAGGCCCUCCACCAUACCAACAGCGAGCAGGAUGGCGACCGCGAGGAACCGAAGAUUUUGGCGAUGGUGGCGCGUUCCCCGAGAUACCGAUCGCUCAAUACCCCCUCGACAUGGGUAAGAAGGGCGCGACGACCAGCAACGCGCUCGCCAUCCAAGUCGACGGCGAGGGCAAGCUCGACUACGGGGCCAUUGCGCGUCAGGGCCACGCCGAAAACCGAAUCGUUCAUACCUCGUUCAAGGAUCUGAUUCCCCUUCGUCAGCGCGCUGACGCGGGCGAAAUCGACCUGAGCCGACCAAGUCAAGAGGAGGUAGAAGCAACGGCGGAAAAGACGAAAAAUGCGCUGGCAGCGCUGGUCAGCGGUGCCGUGGCCGCCCAGAAGCCAAAGACGCUCAGUGUCGGAAAGCGAAACGACCCGACGUUUGUGCGAUACACGCCGGCAAACCAGAUGGGCGACAACUCGACCAAGCAGGACCGCAUCAUGAAGAUUGUAGAGCGGCAACGGGACCCGAUGGAGCCUCCCAAGUUCAAGCACAAGAAGAUCCCCCGUGGACCACCGAGCCCGCCACCUCCCGUACUGAGAUCGCCGCCACGGAAGCUGACGGCAAAGGAUCAAGAGGAUUGGCGCAUUCCCCCGCCGGUCUCCAACUGGAAGAACCCCAAGGGUUUCACCGUCCCCUUGGACAAGAGAUUAGCGGCCGACGGACGCGGACUCCAGGACGUAGCGAUCAACGACAAGUUUGCUCAAUUUUCCGAAGCGCUCUACGUCGCAGACAGACACGCCCGUGAGGAAGUCAGACAGCGUGCAGCCAUGCAACAGCGUCUGGCAGAAAAGGAGAAGGCGCAAAAGGAGGAGAACCUCAGAAUGCUGGCCCAGAAGGCUCGCGAAGAACGGGCUGGCGGCGGCAGACGGGACUCACGAUCACGGUCACGGUCACGCAGCUAUAGCGGCUCAGACUCGGAAGACUCAGACGGUUCGGAGGAUUCCGAGAUCCGGGAGAGAGAAAAGGCACGAAAGGAGCGUAUGCGCGAGGAGGAGAGGAAACUUCGGCAGUCACGUAUGGGUGCCGAGAGGAGAGUCCAGGUCAUGGCAAGAGAGCAAAACCGCGACAUUUCGGAAAAGAUUGCCCUGGGUCUCGCCAAACCUACCCAGUCCAAGGAAACCAUGUAUGACUCGAGACUUUUCAACCAGUCCAGCGGCUUCGACAGCGGCUUCAACGAGGACAACCACUACGACAAACCGCUGUUUGCCGCGCAAGAAGCUAUUGGCAGCAUUUACAACCCACGAGCCAACAUGGACGACGAGGACGACGAAGCAGCGGGUGAUAAGGAAAUGGCCAAGAUUCAAAAGACCAGUCGCUUUGGCGAGGCUUUGGGUAGGGGAACGUUCAAGGGCACAGAAGAUGUCGAGGCAAGAGAGGGACCAGUGCAGUUUGAAAAGGACGCCGGGGACCCCUUCAACGUGGACAAGUUCCUGUCCGAGGUGGAGCAGAACUCUUCGUCAAAGAGGGGCUACGGUCUUCAGGACGAUGAUUCCCGGCAGCCGAAGCGGGCGCGAGUAGACGAGGAUGAUGAUUAA